AUGGACCGUGUACCAAUCAGCUCACAGCGCGUGGUCAAACCAAGUGUCAAGAAGCGACGUCCCCCAUUGGCCUGUAUCCAGUGCUAUCAGCGUAAGCUCAAAUGUGGAAGAGAGUCUCCAUCUUGCAGCCGCUGCUCGAAGGCAGGAAAUGCCGACAGAUGCACUUACCGUGGUAAUCCAGCACUGCCUUCGUCGGUAGAUGGAAUGCUCAGCAAUCACCAUUUGGAGAGCGCUGGUGCUGUGAUAACGUCCUUGCGUACACCCAUUCCGUUGUCAGAGACUCCGGAAAGACAUCGAACCUCUUCCGACCGGAAUGGGAAAAUGACCCACUUGAAAGGACAAGAGGCCAUUACCAAGUUUUAUGGGUAUAGCUAUCCUCUGAACUUUUACCAACAGGUACGCCACACCAUCUCAAGACAUGGAGCAUCCUCUCAGUAG